AUGGCAGCCGCAGCUGCAGCAUCCCUUGCCGGCGUCUCGGCGCUCGCAGCGUAUCUCGAUGCAAAGUACCACAUCGCGCAGGAUUUACGAAUCAAACGGAGAAUGGGACAAGCAUCGAAGUACUAUGCGGAUCUAGUGAGACAGAAUCGCCUGUCUGUCUGGUACGCCUUCACACCCCACGUGACCAAACAUUCCAACGAGAUGUGUAUAUGGUCGCGCACCGGAACCUACACGUGGCAGCAAGUACACGACCGGGCUGCCCAGUGGGCACAGUUCUUCCUGUCCAAAGGUGUAAAGCCUGGUGAUUUAGUGGGAGUCUACCUGGUGAAUAGCGUGGACUUCCCCAUCAUCUGGCUGGGCCUGCUGUGCAUCGGGUGCGCGCCUGCGUUACUGAACUACAACCUAAAAGGCGACGCUUUGGUGCACUGUGUUAGAAUUAGCGAGGCGAAACUUUUGCUCGUGGACAGCGACAAGGAGGUGCACGCAAGGUUUCAAGAGGUGGGUGGGAAGCUAAAGGAAGAACUGCAAGUUGAAGGCGUGGUUGUGACAGACCAAUAUUUGGUCGAUUUAUAUUGUACAAAAGUCGACGUACCAGACGAUACAUAUCGAGCAAGUGUAAAGGGAACGAGCCCAACGUGCCUCCUCUACACCUCCGGCACAACCGGUCUCCCCAAAGCAGCACCAUUUCUCACGUCUCGCUACCACGAACGCGGCGGCCCAUCCAGUCCACCCUUCGGUCAAACAACCGCCGACCGUUGGUAUUGCAGCAUGCCUCUCUUCCACGGCACAGGCGGUCUGUCCACGAUGUCCGCGCUCACUUUGGGCAUCAGCGUAGCCGUUGGCCGCAAGUUCAGCGUAAGCACACACUGGGACGACAUUCACGACUCGGAAGCGACGGUCUUUGUAUACGUGGGCGAGGCAGCACGGUAUUUACUAAAUGCGCCACCUCAUCCGCUCGAGAGAAAUCAUCCGCGGCUGAAAGCAAUGUACGGCAACGGCAUGCGUCCCGACGUCUGGAGCCGCUUCAAAAAACGCUUCGACGUCCCCGAAGUAAUCGAAUUUUUCAAUUCCACAGAAGGCGUCCUAGGCAUGGUAAACUGGUCGCUGAACCCCUACACUCAGGAUUGCGUUGGGCGCCACGGCGCACUCCUGCGCUACACUCUUCGCGAUGUAUACGUCCCCGUCCCCGUAGACCCAGAGUCUGGUUCUGUCCUGCGCGAUCCGAAAAGUGGAUUCGCACACCGCAACUCGUAUGACGAGGGCGGCGAGAUCUUAGUCAAAGUCCCAUCUGAGUCCGCAUUCGCGGGCUACGUCGGCAAUCCCGCCGCCAACGCGAAGAAAUUCGAGCGCAAUGUGCUGAGUAAAGGGGAUUUGUACUACCGCAGUGGAGACUCGCUACGCCGUGAUGGCGAUGGGAGGUGGUUCUUCCUCGAUAGGCUAGGCGAUACGUUCCGUUGGAAAUCGGAAAAUGUGUCUACGGCACAGGUCGCUGAGGUCUUGGGGAAGUAUCCGGGUGUCGCAGAAGCAACGGUGUAUGGCGUUACUGUGCCUAACCAUGAUGGGCGAGCGGGGUGCGCUGCACUUCUUCUCAGUGAUAGUGCCACGAUAGAUACGUUCGAUUGGACGGCGUUUCUGGCGUAUGCGAGGGAAAAGCUGGUGAAAGAGGCGGUACCGGUAUUUUUGAGAGUUGUGGGACAGAGUAGUAGAACAGACAACGAGAAGCAGAAUAAGGGACCGUUGAAGGCGGAGGGGAUUGAUCUGGGGGCGUUUGGGCAGAAGGUGAUAGGUGGAGAAAAGGAUGUAUUGAUGUGGAUGGGGGGCGGUAAGGGGACGUAUGAGCGAUUCGGUGUAGGGGAGUUAGAGAAGGUUAAAGGGGGAAGAGCGAGGUUGUAG